GCCGACGCCGUGGCCGACGCCGAGGCCGACGCCGUAUCCGACGCCGAAGCCGACGCCGAACCCGACGCCGAACCCGACGCCGUACCCGACGCCGAAGCCGACGCCGAACCCGACGCCGAACCCGACGCCGUACCCGACGCCGAAGCCGACGCCGAACCCGACGCCGAACCCGACGCCGACGCCGUACCGACGCCGAAGCCGACGCCGAACCCGACGCCGAACCCGACGCCGUACCCGACGCCGAAGCCGACGCCGAACCCGACGCCGAACCCGACGCCGUACCCGACGCCGAAGCCGACGCCGACCCGACGCCGAACCCGACGCCGUACCCGACGCCGAAGCCCACGCCGAACCCGACGCCGAACCC